CCCGUCGAUGAAGCCGUUGAUAAUAACCGGCAGGAACCAUGCACGUUUCCGGUGGACAAAGACGGGAGGUACAGAAGAAGACAUUCAAGGGGUACAGAUGGAUGAAAUGUUCAAUAAUCGCCCAUCGCCGAUCCAGACGUAACGCCACAAGCGGCGAGCCAGAGGGUCUCUCCCUUUCUACUGAAGAGCUCGACAUCAACUCAGAACAGUCCACCACCCUUUCCAAUCCUAAUAACAACCGCUACCUACUCCGAGUUGACCCUUAACCAUGCCGCCCAUCUCAGUAAUAAUCAUCGGCGCCAGCCCCUCCGAUCUCCUCCAGUCCCUCCUCCUCUCUCGCGCCGGCGGCAUCCCCGUUACUCUCCCCGAAAAAUCCACUUCCCUAGAUACCAACCCACGCGCCUCGCAUUACAUGCCCGAAUCCUUCAUGGGGUUUGAGCGCGCGGGAACCGAUGUGUUGGAUGAGAUUAAGAGGCAAGGGUUCUUUCCUGAUGGUGUGAGUUGGAGGAAGCUGGAUCAGCCUGUCACUGGGGAUGCAGAUGGGGAUGGGGAUGGAGAGGGUGAGGGAAGAGGAAGAGGUGGACGGGGAAGUGGGGAGGAAAAGGGAUGGAAAUGGAAAAGUGUGGAGAGGAAUAAGAGGUUGGUCAAGUUGCGGAAUCCGGACUCGCCGAUGGGUAAAGAGGAGGAGGGGGAGUGGAGGUUUAGAAUGGUUUGUUUACCGCUGCAUCGGUUGGGGAGGGUUUUGCUUGGGAAUUUGGAGGGGGGCGAUGCGGAUGAGAAGGAUAGAGGGGGUGAAGAAGAGGGUAAGGGGCAGGGAAACGCGAAGGCAGAGGUGAAGGCGAAGGCAGAGGUGAAGUGGGGGUGGGAGGUUGUUGAUGUUGGCGAGGAUGAGAAGAAGGCAGAGAACGAGGGAAAGGCGUGGGUGAAAGUUAAAAAGCCAGACGGAACAACCGAGUUGUUAAAACUAAGCCGACUACGUCGUAGGCUGCGACGGCGCCAAUCAUAUAGCACCCACCCUCCGCAAGCGCCUCUGGGGCUCUAGCAAAGACUCGUUCCCGGGUUCACAUGGGACAUUGGACAAGCAAAUCGUUGCGACGAACGUGUAUUACGACUUUGACAAGUUCGACUACGACGACAGCCAAUUCUUCAUUGACCAGAAGCAUUGGCACAUGGUGCUUUAGUCCGUAUAAAGUCCAUCAGAGGUGUGUGGAGAGGAUGAGGGUUGGGAGGCUUCUGUUGGUGGCGGAUGCGGCGCAUUUGUGUAAUCCUUUUGGCCGUCUCGGUCUCACAGGAGGCAUCGCGGACGUAGGCAGUCUCUACGAGUGCCUGGUCGGAAUCCACACGGGAAAAGCAGAUGACAGUAUCCUGGACAGGUACGAUGAGG